AUGGGGUGUUUAAAUUCCAAAUCGGUUUCCAGGAGGCAGAAAGCCCGAUUAACAGAUGGGAGGGCGUCCGAAUCAGGCGAAAAGAAUGCAACGCUGAAGAAGGCCCCAAACAAGAUAGCAGCCUCCCUAAAGAAUGAAGAUAUGCCGAUGCAAUAUAAAUCUUCUCCGACGAAUCAACAUGGCUCAAUGAACUCCUUCGAGCAGUUUUUGCUCUCCGUAUUGGAAGGGGCAGAAGAUUUAUUUUGUAACCUGCCUGAAUCUCAGGCGGUAAAAAAAGUUAUCGCAUUGACUUUCAUGAAUUCAUGCGUGGAAGUUACCCGGACAAAGUUUCGCCUGAAAUUUGACGUUAUUAUAGAUAUGGCCAGUAAACUGACUCGUGGUCUAAGGUCAAAUUUAUUGUAUGGAUCCUUAGAAAGUGUGGAGGAGCGCACAAUGGAUGAUAGCUUUUCUAGAAUUCUAUUAGCCUGGUAUGUCAACAAUCCAUCAUUCGAAAAAAUAAUACCUCCGGAAGCUGGUCAAGCUGUUCUAGACACCCUGUACAUUCGUUAUACGACAACUAAACCUGUUACCUUUGAGGAUAUACUCAGGUUUCAGUUCCAUUGGAUACUUCUUAAUCAGGCUGCCGUAGAAGUAUAUUACAAGAUUUCAAGGGGGAAGGAUCUCGUAUCCAUUAAGCAACUAGGAAACUUCCUUCGUGAGGUACAAUGUGUUGAAACCACUGAUCACCAAUUAAUGGAAAAGUUCAAGUUUCGCUUUGGUGGUGGCAUUCAUAAGUAUAACUUUACUAGUUAUAACGGAAGUGUAUUGACUAAUAACGCCAUAGACCCUGCACGGACAUCGGAUAUCUGGCAAGACAUGACCCAAUGUUUCACACAUUAUAUGAUAAGUUGUGCUCGUAUCGAAACUGAGAACGAUCUGAAAUGGUUCAUAAAUGGUACAGCCAGGGCACUUGUGUUAAACAUCAGGAAAGGCGAUGACGGGUCGAUUUGCUCCGGGUCUUGUCCUUUGCAAACUAUGUUAGAUUAUAUCAAAAAGAAUGCAUUCACCACGAACACAUAUCCCAUCAUUCUAUGCUUCUUGCCGAGUUCCGCCUUUACCAUAGAAUUACAGGACGAGGUGGCUAUGCUUCUGAACGAAACGCUUGGUGCGAUGCUUGCCAAGGGCCCUAUCUUCGAGGGAGCCAUCAUUACUGACCCGAAGUUCAACCCGAGUGCUCUGCGCAAGAAGUUCCUCGUUAUGGCUACCCAGUCCGCACUCAAGCCAUUCAUCGGUUUCAUGGUGGCGGAUAUGCACAAAGAUGGGCUUGGUGUGCGCGUGGCACAUGUUGUGGAAGGGACCCCAGCGGCGAAAAGUGGGCUUCUAAAGGAUGACUGGCUCACUCAUAUCAACAAUAUGCCCAUCAAAAAUAAAAAGAAUCUGCGAGAAUGUCUAUUGAACCUAAAAGUCGGUGAGGAUUUUACAAUUAAGCGUGAGAACCUUGAUGAGAUAAAAAUAGUGGUCGGCGGGAUUGUCGAUCCGGACGAUACAUCCGCGUCCUCAGCUCUCUCAGCUGUGACGUUUUUUAGAUUCGCAUCGGGGAAAGAUUAUAAACCCUGCGACGUCGAGGUGAUUAACACGGAUAAGAUUCCAUCUCUAUGCGAUAAAAAUUGCGACACAUACUGGGAUCAUCUUGCCUUUGUGAGCUUCAACUCAACCUCAAAUGAUACAAUGAGUUACGAGGGCGUGUGCUCGAACGCAGGUAUCCAGUUCAUUGACGUGGACAACAGCGAGCGUUCUGUUGCGUGGUCUAUAGGCCGCUUCUUUGAUAAUGGGCGGUGCGGGUACUUGCUCAAAACGGAUGCGGACGCCAAUACAACGACGGAUCUUGUCAUGAAGAUCAUCUGUGGGCCGCGCUCGAUGUGUUGUCCACCACUUUCGGAAAUGACUGUCACGGUCCACGGUAACGGAUCGGUAAGGAAGAAUGGCAGACAACUCACAUUCACAGGGACGAAUGUCAGGACCAUUGUGGUGGUGAACAUGGUCUUUGAGAACGACUGUGUCGAGCGGAGCUUCACGACAUCGUUCUGUCCAUUGCUUAUCCGGCCUGGAUAUCGUGCCCUCCCCUCCUUCAUUACCGGAGAUAAGUGUCCCCCGAAAAGUCAACUCCACGGAAUCUAUGUUUUCUCCAGCCGCUAG